AUAAGACAUGCAGUACAUGGCUGAUGGGUGAACGGACAGGACUAACGAUUUCCCGCUCAUUCCUUUUGUGGCUCCCGAGCUGCAGCGGCCACAGGUAAGAGAGCAGCUGUCGCUUCGCAUCUCCAUCGAAGGGUCUUUGUCCGCUGUGAAACGCACCGGACUCCCGCUCCCGUACUCUGCACGAGAGAGAAGCUUCCGCCGAGAGCACGAACGUCGCCGUAAAUCCUCACUGCGGGAGCUGGCCCUCCGUCCCUCUCUGUGAACCGUAGUCUUUGAGGAGCAGAGCUGAGCCCCUCGGAGAAUGAUACUAAUCGGGUUUCUGACUUCUGUGCCCCCAGUGAUGAGAGCCGCCGUGCUCAUUCAGAUGUGGUACCGCAAAUAUGUGGCGCGAAUGGAGAUGAGACGACGGUGCACCUGGAACAUCUUCCAGUCUAUUGAAUACGCAGGAGAGCAGGACCAGAUCAAGCUGUACAAUUUCCUUGGUUACCUCAUGGAUCACUUCACACCGUCGAGCAGCGAACGCAACUUGAUCUGCCACAUCUUCAGGGAGAACGAGGUGUGCCGCGACGCCGAAUGGGAGCGGUAUUUCUGCUACAAGAACAUUGAGAUUCCGGAGGUCUACUCAGGGCCACACCUGACAUUCCCCCUGACGGCGAGCCAGGCUGCUGGCCUGGUGGAAUCUUUCAAGAACAAGCAACAGCUCCAUUCUCGAUACGUCCUGCAGCUCCUCCUGGAGACAUGGAAGCUGCUUCGCAUCCUACCCAACAUCAACCGGGUCUCCACCUGCCACAGCAAGGAGAUCUCUAUCUGCGGUGACUUACAUGGACAGCUCGAAGACCUGCUGCUGAUAUUUUACAAGAAUGGAAUGCCAUCCAUGGAGAAGCCGUACGUUUUCAAUGGAGACUUUGUGGAUCGUGGGAAGGACUCCAUUGAGAUCCUCCUCAUUCUGUUUGCUUUCCUGCUCGUGUAUCCCAGUGACGUGCACCUCAACAGGGGAAACCAUGAAGACCACAUUGUGAACCUGAGAUACGGUUUCACCAAAGAAGUCCUGGGGAAAUACAGGGUGCAUGGGAAAAGAAUUCUGAAGCUGCUCCAAAAGAUCUUCAGCUGGUUGCCCCUGGCGACCGUGAUUGACCACAAGGUGCUAGUCUUGCACGGAGGAAUCUCUGAUGCCACUGACCUCAGUCUCCUUGCCAAAGUGGACAGGCACAGAUAUGUCUCAGCGUUGAGGCCACCAAAGAAGAAACCAGGGUCAGAGGAUCAGCUGUCCAUGGACUCCGACAUGGAGGACGACUCCUGGAUAUCUAGGGUCAGCGCUGGCACCCGAAGACGGGCUUCCUUGACCUACAUGAAGCCCUUUGCCUCACGAAAUGACUUCCAGCACCGCUCCCUUCAGGACUUCUCCAGACACAUCAUUCGGCCCCUACGGGAAGAGCCGAAGGACCGACGGCGGCAGGCCGAAUUCACUCUAUCCAGCCAGGACUUGCUUCAGUGUUCCUCUACCGACCCAGACUCCUGCCAGCCUGGCGACGUCAACCACGAGGAGUGGAAGCAGAUCGUAGACCUGCUAUGGAGUGACCCCAUGUCCCAGGACGGCUGCAUCCCCAACGAGGUGCGGGGUGGCGGCUGCUACUGGGGUCCAGAUGUGACAGAGCAGGUCCUGAGUAAGAACCACUUACAGCUGCUGAUCCGCUCCCACGAGUGCAAACAGGAGGGCUACGAGUUCUGUCACAGCCGCAAGGUCCUGACGAUUUUCUCUGCAUCCAACUAUUACGAGGUGGGCAGUAAUCGGGGGGCUUACAUCACACUGGGUCCAGACCUGAUACCCCACCUCAUUCAGUACCAAGCCAGCAGCAUGACCCGAGAGCUGACUCUAACUCAAAGGGUGGGCUGGACUGAGCACUCGGCCCUCAAAGUCGUGAGAGAGCAGCUCUUUGCGCACAGAUCUGACCUCACCGGUGCCUUCCAGGAGUUUGAUAAGGAGAACACAGGUAUGAUCAGCCUGAACGACUGGGCCAGAGCCGUGGAGGCCGUUCUGCACCUGGGCAUCCCGUGGAGGGUCCUCCGUUCCCAGCUGGUUCCCAACGCCCCUGAUGGCAUGAUGAACUACCGCUCCUGGUUCCGCGAACUGGCCAUCAAAGAACCAGACACUGAGCACAUCCACCAAGCCCUGCUGGAGACAGUGUACCGACAUCGUUCUACCCUGGAGACCAUUUUUAGGAUCGUGGACACCGACCACUCUGGCCUCAUCUCACUGGAAGAUUUCCAUCAGACAUGGAAACUGCUCAGCGCCUACCUGAAGAUGGAGAUCAGCGACGAGGCCAUCUCUAACCUGGCCAUCAGCAUUGAUGCCAACAGAGAUGGCUGCAUUGACAUCAAUGAGUUCAUGGAGGCCUUCCGAUUGGUUGACAAGAGCCGCCUAGAGACAGGAAACCUCUUUCAGCGUAGUACUGCCGUGAGUGACAUGCUAUCCGAUCAGCCUCCAUCUGAACUGCAGACAUAUGACCAGCAUCCUGGUGCUGGUGUCCAUCCAGUACUCGGAAAGCCUUCGCGCCAACCUCUGUUUGACCCUUGCCCAUAUAACGAACCACCUUCUGAUCAACUGCCAUCUCCAUCAGACUAUUCACUAUCUGAUCAGACCCUGUCUGGCCAUUCGCCAUCUAACAAACUGGCAUCUGACUACUCUGCAACUCAUCGUUUUUCCUCCAGCCGUACCUCAUUAGAUCGCUUCCCGUCAGACCCACCUCCACAUGACAAGCCUGCAUCUGACCAACCUGCAUGUGAGCUGUCUUCAGCACAGCAGCCAUGUGACCAAACGGUAUGUGACCAAGCUCAGUGUGAAGAGCCUGUGGCUGACCAGCACACUGCACCUGAAGGUGAUUUUUCACUCCUCACCACAUGUGGUUCUUUAUAGCAUGACGAGAGAAGAGUCCUUCGCAACGGCGUCCUUUGCUCUAAUGUGUCAGCUAGAGAAAGAGCCCGACUAAUGAAACCAUCACAGAUAACAAAAAAGCAGCAACAGUUCAAGUCGCAAGCAAUCAUUUUGAAGGCGUGAAAGAAACAUGAAACAUGAAAUGUUUAUUUCUUAUCCUGACGUAAUAUUUGUAGGUGAAAUCGAAAAGUGUCGCAAUUGUAGCGUGAUGCAGUCAUAUGUGCGUGGCGAGGACGUCCAACGGACACUUUCAUUCAGAUGCCGGGACGUGCGUCUCAGCGCGUUGCUUUGCAGAGCUCCACAAAAAUGUAAUUACAUCAUUGGAAAGUAGAUUUUAAGAGCAGUAGCACACUUGUCAUUUCAGCUCGCGUUUGUCUCGCUUCUGUGGGAAUAACUGGUGUAGUUGAGUUGAAGGCAAAGCGUAGCACGGAGAUAUUAGAUCCGCCUUCGUUUGUUGCUCAGGAGAGUCUCUACGUAGCAGCAAGGAAAGUUCCUGCGACGAUGGAGUAGGUUCACAUGACACAUUAUCAACCGCGGAAGGGUCAUAUGAGGGAAAGCUGGCGUCCCCAAAAGGCUGAGGGACGACAGCGGUCCACGGAGGGUGACAAUGUCGGGCCUCUGCGCUCGGGCGCCGUGUCUUUACAGAGCCCGAACUUAAUGUUUCACCCAAACGCAAGUGAUGUUUACGUGAUGCUUCAACGCACACUUUAAGGUCCCGUGAAUAACGAAGGGGCGAAGAGCGACCGAGUCGUCCUGCUUCAGGGGCCAAGCGCCGAGACACCAAAGACAUGUGUCCGGCGUCACUCCAGGAUCACGGUUUACUUACACGCUACAGGUCACGCAACCGCAAAGCGCCACGUCAACAAGUUCCUGCCGGGUGGACAAACGCGGCGACUCGCACUGCUGCUGAGCGGCAAACCACAGCUCAAUCGGGUGCCGGCUGCCCCGAAGCCCGCACCCACAGCAGUCUGGUUGGGCCUCCACGUCUCCAUCCGGCACGAGGGAGCUCCUGCACCCUGGGGACACAGCCAAGCAUCUGAAAUCCAAUCGAUAACUAUUGACGAGAUGUAGCCCUUUACAUAAAUGACCCGCCCUUCCCGAUACAAGAUGCCUCUCGGUGACAUUACUGUGAACACUCGACGAGUGUCGUUUUGCUCCACAGCACAGUACAGCUGAGCCUCAACUGAAAAACACAACAUGUCCCCAAGUGUCCGCACUCCCCCACAGCGAGAAAAGUCUUUGUAAUACAGUUGAAUCCUUUGCUCCACUGACAUC